UUGCUCUUCUAUCCCGGUAAAAGAAUUCGUUCCGGGACGCCGACCAGAGGAGAAGAAGUCUCUAGAGACAGAGAGAGAGAGAGAGAGAGAGGAGGCAGCCAACCCAGAUACAGUACAGCUUCUUUUUAAGGGUUUCUGGUCCCGCUCGUCUCCAUGAUUCCUGGUUCUUGAGUUCGUGAGGUAUCUGUUGAUCUGAGGGAGAAUUGGAUUUAAGGGGACUUGACGGGCUCCGGCUGAAGGAUGGCAACUUGGAACGAGCGCGAGAUUGAGGAUAUUGUUUUUGGUAAAUUUGGCGAAAACGAUGACCAAAGAGUGGCCCACCGACAUGGUAGACCAGUCAAAGAGUCUCUAGCUUCGGGUGAUAUUCUUGUCACUGAAACAAGUGAAGAUAGCAUAGUGUCCAAGACUAACGGCGUUUGGAGAAAAGAAGGGACAAACAUUUGCCCUUUGGAAAUUGGAAAUUCCAGGAUCGUUGCAGGUUUAGACAGCAACACGUGCAGCACAAGCUAUUCUAUUGGUGCAAGUAGGGGCACUGUAGAAGAGAUCGGCAUCUGCCAACUGUCAUUUGAUAAUAAUACUACAGCUGAUUCUAAACUUACUUUUUUGGAGAAUGACAAUGAUCGAGAAACCGAUCUUCUGUACUAUGACUGGUCUGAUAUAAGCAAUUUUGAGGACGUUGAUACAAUGUUCAGAAAUUGUGACCCUACGUUUGGGCAAUGGAGCAAUACAGAUGGCUGGUCACGGAUUUCAUCUUCUUCAAAUGACAUUUUUUAUCCAGAAGAUACUUUCAUUUCAGGCUUUGAAUCAUCGACUUUAGAAUUCAGAGACUUUAAUGAUGCAUCAGCAUAUUGUGCAAACAUCAGUUCCUUGCCUGAAAGCAAUACACCAGAGGUUAAUAAUCAUAGGCAAUCAUGUCUGGCCAACCAGUCCUUUGAAUUACUCAGAAGCACAGAACAGCCAUAUGAUGGUGGUGGAGGGAGCGAGACGAAAUCAGCUCUAACAGAAUUUGGCAAUGUGAAUAGCUUGAAUGAAUGUGAGUUUCAGCAGCCCCAUAUCAAUAUCCAAACAGAGCAGCUUAGUAGGCACUGCCCAUCUGAAGUAGAGGGAAAAGGUUUUGAACCUUAUCAAUCUCAGAUUCUUCCAAAGCAUAAUUGUUUCAUGAAAUCCGACCCUUCAAGUUAUAUGCCUGCCCUCAAACUUGAUGCUCAUAUUGAGGACAAACUUCUGUACCAGGAUCUUCUUAUGCCCACAAUGUCGAGCUCUAUAAAUGAAUGCAAACAAAAUCCUUCCUCCUCUUUUGAGAUCUCAGCUCAGGCUAUUAGUAACACCUCCCAUGGCAUGGAGAAUUUACCUGAUCUUAUAUCAAAAGAUCCAGUCAAGCAUCUCAAAGAAAUGGUAGAAAAACCAAGCAUAGGACUACUAGAGCUGGAUAAUUCAGUUAAGGAGCAGCCUGAUAAUCUCGAACAAAUGAUUGUUAGUGACACAGGGAACAUGGGUUUAGAGCUUCAUGCAACAGAUAUGGAUUUUACAGUGGGGAAAAGCUCGUCAAUACCAUCUGUUUUCUCUGAAGAUGCUGCUGUAAAAGCUAUUAGCUUUCAGCAGCUUCAGGAUGUCAUAGGUCAGUUGGAUCUUAGAACAAAGCUAUGUAUAAGGGACAGUUUAUACCGAUUGGCCAGGAGUGCAGAACAGAGACACGGUUUUGCUGCUGCAAACAAUGAGAAGGUAGAGUGUCGAAGAGGAGUACAUGGUACAGCAAAUUUAAGAAACAGGUCUGCAGCAUACGUGGACAUGGAAACAGAGACAAAUCCCAUCGAUCGGUCGGUGGCGCACCUACUUUUCCAUAGACCGCCAGAGAGUGCAAAUAGAUUUGCUGAUGAUGAUGCUAUGUCGCUCUCGAGUCUCAUAUGAUGACGGCUUGACAGGUUAGUAAAUCCUAUCCUGCGGGAAGUAUUUGAUUUAUACAGGUACUGGAGGUUACAAAAAUUUACAUACUGUUGAAUCAUCUCCACAGGCGGAGUGUACCCACCAGCUUUUCUAUCCGGAAGAGUGAAAAGGAAAAGUUCAAAGUAAAUAUGAAUCAUCUGUUGAGAUUAUAUAUAUAUAUAUAUAUAUAUAUAUAUAUAUAUAUAUAUAUAUAUUCCAUCUCUCUAUCAUAAUCCCAGUCAGUCAUGUGCACAAGAGAAUAUAAAUUUAGUAAGUGUCAGUACUAUCAAUCUAAGCUUACGUCACAGGCUUGGACUUCAUGUCAUGGAUUUAAUUUUGUUCGCAUGAAGAUUUUCCCCACUGGGCUCAAGUCCGAUCCAACACCAAGCGAAUAAGAUAGAGAGAGAGAGAGAGAGGGUUCCGAUCGAUCCAAGAAAUUUAUAAUAUUCCCUUCACCUAUCAGUUGGUCGCAGCGCUCUGAAUCUCUCUCACUGUGCGUACCAUUUUGGUUCGUCAAAUAUGUGUAUCUGAACACGUGUUAAAAAUUGUUCAGUUGCUUGCAUAAUUAAUACAAGUAUAUAGAUUAUACCAA